AUGUUUUACCAAGGAACUCUUCAAGAGGGCAUCUCAACUGCCGUCGGCCAGCAAAAGCUAGUCCUGUGCUUCGUUGCAGAUGAGACCGACGAGAGCACGCAGUGGGAAAACGAAUUCCUGACCGAUGAUACACUGAGCGACUUACUCAAUGAGAAAACUGUUGCGCUUCGUCUUCAGGCGGGAUCCGAAGAAGCCGGAUAUUUGGCUCAAAUCUUUCCACUACCGCGGACUCCUACGGUUGUUAUCAUCAAUAAUGGCGAAUUAAAAGAGUACAUUACACCAGGAACUAGCAAGGAAGAUUUCUUGCGGAGAGUUCAGACAGCGUUCAACUCCGCAUCCUCAGUGACGACGCCUCAGCCGACGUCAGCUCAACCCCCAGCCCAAGUUACCCCUCAACCAGCGACACCCACAGCAGAACAGACGCCAACUGUAUCUUCAUCGACAUCUGAAAAUGUCCGUCGGAUAUUGGCCGAGAGGGCUACCAGACUGCAAGCGCAAAGGGAAGAGAAUGAGCGCAAAGUUAAAGAUGAGCGCGCCAAGACCAAGGAGAGGGCUAAAGCUGAAGCUGAAGCUGGAAUGACCACCGACAACGCCCGGGCUCACAAGGCUGCCGAGGCAGUGAAGAAGAAGAGACAGCAGGACCAAGAGGAGAGAGCCAGAAUUCUCAAGAGAAUUGAAGAUGACAAGGCAGAACGACGCAUGCGCGCCGAGGAGCGCGAAAAGCAAAGGAUCGACAACAUGAAAGGUGGCGACGUUGCCGCAUCUUUGGUCAGCGCACCAGAAACCAAGCUGGCAGCUUCGACAAAGACUGGCGGAAUGACAGCUCUUCAAGUGCGUCUCUUUGAUGGAUCAACAUUGAGAUCGCGCUUCAAGACGAAUGCGCCUCUCAAGGAGAUUAGGCAAUGGGUGGACGAGAACCGAAACGAUGGAUCGCAGCCGUAUACGUUCAAGCAAGUUCUUACGCCUCUUCCUAACAAGAAUAUUGACGAAACAGAAGAGGAUAAGGCGAUUGGCGAGCUUGGUCUUUCCCCUUCAUCGACACUGGUUCUCAUCCCAGUCAAGAAGUACACGUCUGCCUACGAUGAUGACUCACAAGGUAUUGUGUCAAGAAUUAUUGGCUUUAUUCUAAGCAUAUUCUCCUGGAUUUUCAGUCUUUUUGGAUCCGGUGAUGAGCGCGCAGCCCGAGGAUCCGUCGGACCUACCAGUUCCCGGGAACGUUCCCGAAUUCGGGAAUUCCAGAACACGAGCGACCAAAGAGAUCAACAGUUGUACAAUGGAAAUUCGCUGAAUUUUGAGCCACGACCAGAAGAGGAGAAAGACAGUUAG